AUGCGUUACGCUACUGUACUUUCUCUCGCACUCCUACUUUUCACUUAUGUGAAUGCUCAGAAGGACCCACUCGGGAACAACUUCAAUCCCAUUUCGCCUGGCACUUUUCAAGGGAACUCGAUUUGGCCUGGCACUUUUCGAGGUGGAGUAUUUGAUUCCAACUGGAGAAAUCAGCUCGGCAUUGGCAACCAUAAUGCAACCGUCACUAUAGAAGACGGACAGACAGUGGUAAUGGUGACAAUCAAUGGGGAAAACUACACGGCCACGUUCCCAGGGACCAACCUUUCGAUCUCCACCACCAGCGGGACCUACAACAACCCCAACGGGCAGGUCGUAGAUGUGUUCACAAUCACUGUCAACAAUCAAACUUACGUUUAUACUACGAUUGAUGGUAAGACGACUGUCACCAAUGGCUCGGGGCAGGUGGUCAGUGGUGGUGGUCCAUUCCACGUUACUUCUCGCUAA